AUUGGCGGAAUGAAUACACUCCUUGUUUUGCUCUCUCGAUCAGUCCUCAACCAUACAGUGCCCUCCAUCCACACAGUGCUUGGUACAUGCGCGUGAAGGUGCACAGGCUCAGUGACACUGCGUCCAGGUCUUGGGGAAUACGAGGCAAGUUGGAAGAAGACAUUUUAAGGACAGCAAUAAUACACAACAAAUUCUCGCCGCCACCGUGCAGAAUUUUUUGUUAAUUAUAGUAAAAUGGCAGAUCCAAUGACCCAGUCCGCCCAGAUAUCAUCGUCGCAGGGGCUGGCCGAUGGACAAAACUCUGUUGCGGCCAAAGACUCAAAAAUGUCCGAUUCCUUUCUUUCCUCUUCGCCUGUAUCUCUCAUUCAGUCUCCGCAAGACAAAGGAGUGGUGCUGGGCUCUGACAAGCCCACCUCCGAAGCCGUGACCACCUCCCUUCGCUUCGCCGGGUCUUCUCAGUCCGGCUCGUUUUCGCCCGCUAACUAUGGGAGCGAAGCAUCAUCAGGUCCGUCUGAUGGAAAGCCAGAUUCGUCAAUCGUGACAUCCCCCGUGUCUGAAAGGAUAAAGGCACUGGAGGCCCUGGCAGCGAAGAAGGAGCCAGAGCCCAAGACGGAUGGAGGCUUUCCUCACUUCAAAGAGCGCCACUAUGAAAAGUCUCCUACUGAGGUGCCGGCAGAGACCACCUCACCCUUCCAGAAAAAAGGAGCCUCCACUGAUCAGGAUUCACCAGAAUCUCCCUUUGAGGUCCUGGGAGAAGCACGGCAAGGGAGUGAUUUUGAAGAUACCGCAGACUGGAUGCGAGCUCACUUACCCCCUGUGCCUGACUUUGAGGACAAAGUAGAUUCAAACAAAGAUGCUCUUGUGUUAGAGAACGAUGGCAGAUCCCAUGAUAUAAAAGGGGAAGAUAAAGCUAUAACUGAUGUUCCAGAGGCAUUUGCGUGUGUCCCUGACGCUUUCAUGGACUCUCCCAUCGAAGGGCCUAAACUUAAAAAUGUGUUCAAAGACCCAGCGCAGCAGUCUAGCGUUGAGGACGAAUCUGAAUUUGACCUGAGCUUCCUACCUACAGCAUACAUGACAGACACCCAAGGGCCCUCUGACCUUGACUCUGAGCACCCUGCCUCUCCUGCGCCUCCCGCUGGUUUUAACUCUCCCCCUCCACCCCCUCCCUCUGACUCAAAAGAGAACGACUCAAAGACCAAGCAGACCCCAUGGGGUGAUGAGGUAGUCGAGGUCGACAGCUCAGGAGACUCUGAUGACACUGUCAUUGAGGAUGCAGUCUCCAUCCUUGCCCCUUCCUUCCCUACCCCCUCUUUGUCAAGUGAUACUGCACCUGCCCCCAAACCCUCUGUUCCCUCUCUCCCUACCGAAGAAAAGGAAACUCCUCCAGCAAAGCAGCCGAUGCAGGUCCCUACCAUCAAUGUUAUUGAGACAGACGAGCCGAAUUACAGCGAUGAGGAGAUGGAGAUGGAAGUGGAGGAAGAGGAGGAGGAAAGUUCUGAAGUUGUGAAAGAGGCACCAAAAACCCCUGAGCCACAACCAGACGUCACUAAAAAGGAAUUCUCCAAAAUUCCCCCCUUAGAAUAUGAGGGUUACUCUCCUCCCUCCUCUCCGGUCGACUCUGAUGCUGAAUACUCACCUAAACACAAGAUCUUGAAAUCUGAAUGCGAUACGGAUGAUCAAGAGACAGCACUAUCUAAUGAUGGGAUGCAAGGUGCUGCUGUGUCAAAGAGCUCUAGUUCUGAGGUAUCACAAGCCCAGAAAGUUGAGUCUGAUAAAUCACAGACCCCCAAUGAGUCUAAUGAAAAGUCUUCUCCAUCCAAUGCCAAACCUUCUGAGAAAACCGCAGGGAAAACCGCAGAGAACCUUUCGGACUUUACAGACUAUGAUGACGAUGACUGGUCAACUGACGCACAAGAGAUCUUAGUGAAGUCUAGCUCUGCUAACGUUACUUCUCAGGAUCCUCAACUUCACCCCACAUCCAAGUUUGAAGAGUCUGAUAUUAAACACGAUUAUAUGCAGACAGUUGAGCUUUCAAAGUCCAACUACAUGCAGGAUGACACAAUCCGUAAAUACGGAUCUUUUGAGGACGAAGACGCACUGCCACCCACGGAUGACACCAUUGACAAUAAAGAGCUGAACUUUGACACUGUACCAGAGCCCUCUCCCUCGGAUCCAACCUCUCAGAUCCACAUCGGAACACUACUCCCUCAAAACAACGCAACUACCAUGAUCUCAGAUUUUGAGAAUCUCACCUCGAUGGAUGAAGAUUCCUUCCCCAAGCCAGUCGGUGGCCAGCCAUCUCCCAGGGAGUUUCCCAAAGAUCCAUUCUCCUCUUUCCAGAACGAACCGCCUGGCAACACCGUGGAGCCCAAGACUGAGGAGAAACCUAACGAUGACAUCAUUGUAGAUCGCAUAGUCAACAGCAAGACUCUCCCACCACGGGAAGCUGUGGCGGAGAAGGACACUAAAGCAGGACACCAUUCGCCAGACAAUACCAGUGAUCCAGAAAGCAUUGAGCCGGACUGCUCUGUCUCUGGUGCCACGGACAGCUUCGUCGAGUUCAUGAGGGAGUGCCUGAAGUCACGACAGGACGAAGAUCCAGAAGACAUCCGUCAAGGUCCCACAGCCAAGGAUGAGUGUCCUCCCUCCCAGUCCACACCAACCAUGGUCAUGGAUCUGGAGCAGGAACACCUCACUAUCAAUGCCCUUAAAGAGUUGGGCAGCAGCCAGGAAGAGGAGGAUGACCUUCAGUCUAGUUUCAAGGCCUUUGAGAAAUCCCAGUCUUCCUUCACCUCAACAACCUCCGACCAUCGUUCACCCCAAAACAAACCUACGUCCGACAGCGCGUAUUCCAAAGAGGUAGAGGCCAUCGACGUGUGGGUGGCUGAGGCCUACCACCUUGCAGAGCAUGUCUUGACAGCAAUACUAACGCACUUGUCAGUCAAGGACUUGGUGCACUGGCGAGACCCCAAGAAGUCUGGCGUGGUGUUCGGCCUGUCCCUGCUGACGCUCCUGUCCCUGGCGGCGUUCAGCGUCAUCAGCGUGAUCUCCUACCUGCUCCUCGCCCUGCUCUGUGUCACCAUCUCCUUCCGCAUCUACAAGUCCGUCGUCCAGGCCGUGCAGAAGUCCAACGACGGACACCCCUUCAAGGCUCUGAUGGAGAAGGAUGUCAGCAUUCCCCCCGAGACCUUCCACAAGCACGUGGACGUCAGUUUGACCUACAUUAACCGAUUCCUCAAACAGAUGAGCAAACUCUUCCUGGUCGAGGACCUCAUCGACUCCCUGAAGCUGGCUGUAGUGAUGUGGCUGCUGACCUACGUAGGAGCCGUCUUCAACGGCAUCACCAUCCUCAUCCUGGCUGACAUCCUCCUAUUUGCCGUGCCCCCGUUCUAUGAGAAGAACAAGACCCAGAUUGAUCGCUACAUGGAGAUUGUACGCACUCAAGUCAACACCACAAUGGCUAAGUUGCAAGAGAAACUCCCUGGAGCCGUCAAGCGUACGAAAGCUGAAUGAGCGGCCCGCAGACAUCUUCAUCACCAUCCUCCUCACAUCCCAUCUUAAAUCCCCUCUUCCCUGCACUCCCCUCCUUCUCAGUCCUCCUCCCCCUUAUCCACCAUCUAACCCCCACUCCCCUCCCUUCCACCAACCAUCAUACCAUCUGCACUGAACCAGCUAGGUAGAAGAGAACAAAGUAAUGCUACUCAAUGUGAACCGCGCAGCUUAACUAAGAGCAUUUAGAAAAAGAACUGCGCCUACUGUGUUGACAGGAAACACGUCUAGCGGGAGGAACUGAUGUAAUGCCGUGGCAGGACGCCUGUCUUUGGGCGCACUAAAAAUAAAUAAAAAUGAUGCAGGGGUCAAGUGAACUAGACGGAAUCUAUGACCUGGUUUUGUAGUGUACAGUUGGAGUGUGUAGGGUUUAUCACUGACGAGUAAGUAUGAGUGUUAGUCUCGCAAAAAAAGCAAAUGUCUGUACUUUUAACUAAUAUAUAUUUAGCUGAAAGUAAACCGAACAAGUAGAAGAGUAAAAUGCAUAAAAAGAGCAAAAUGAUUUUAGAAACGUACCCUUUGGGUGUCAAUUGUGGCUUGUCUUUUUCCUGCUCUCUCGCUCUGUGGCAGUUUGUAUGGAUAAACAAAAAAAUAUAUAAAGUUUGUGUUUGGAACGUGGUACUGGGAUUUCACUGUUACGGUUUUGGUGUCAAUUGUGUUUUGCUCACCUUAAAGGCACUUAUGUAUGUAUAACGUUUCUGCAAUGUACCGAACAUUUAUUUUAUUUUUUAUUUUAAUCCCACGAGCAGGUUGAAAUAAAAGGAUUUGGAACACUGAA